AUGUUCUCCGCGGCGCGUCGAAGAAUUCUGGAUGGACUCAACCGGAGAUACAUCUAUGGCCGUUUGCCCUUGCUCCACAGCAUAAUUUUCCUCAUCGAAAUGGCGGUUGCGAUGCGGUUGGCGGCCAAAUUCAACUCCUACUAUGCGGAGAAGCCGAUAUUGACUACUAUGGUGACCAACGCGGUCCUUGGUGGAGUUGCGGAUACAGUUGCGCAGCUGAUUACGGCGUUCAGGGCUCGACCGGGCCGACCGAAUUAUGAUCCUGGCGAUCUCAUCUCAAUCGAAAUUCAUGAUCUUGAUAAGGAGAAGCCACCAGCUCUUGGGGAGUUGGGGCACGCGAGACCCUUGCCUCCGCCUUUUGACUUUGAGCGACUGACCCGGUUCAUGUCAUAUGGUUUCUUCAUGGCACCGAUCCAGUUCAAGUGGUUCGGAUUUUUAUCUCGGACAUUCCCACUCACCAAGAAAAACCCGACCAUUCCGGCCUUGAAGCGAGUUGCUGUAGACCAGUUUCUCUUCGCGCCUUUCGGUCUGGUGUGUUUCUUCACCUUCAUGACACUCGCUGAAGGCGGUGGGCGUAGAGCCUUGACCCGCAAAUUCCAGGACGUUUACCUGCCCACUCUUAAGGCCAAUUUCGUCCUCUGGCCAGCUGUGCAGGUUCUUAACUUCCGGGUCGUUCCAAUUCAAUUUCAAAUUCCAUUUGUGUCCUCUAUUGGUAUCGCCUGGACUGCGUACUUGUCCUUGACCAACUCUUCCGAGGAAGAUUGA